CUUAUGUCCUUGCUUGGACCGAGACAAUUGAACCAGCAGUUUUCCCUCCUCCAUCGAGGUGUAUUCUUCCCGGUCUUGCUUUUCUCGGCAUAUCAGAUAACCUCGUCUGCCUCCUCCUUCUAGCCAGCCAUGGACACCACGGACAAGGGCCCUCUGCUGGAGAAGCACAGUUCCACCUCGCAGCAGAGUACCGCCGGAUAUACAGGCGAUGGAUCUGUUUGCAUCCGUGGGAUUCCUGCUUGCAGGAAAGAUACAGGGAACUGGAAGGCUUGCUCCUUAACCAUAGUUUGUUCGUUUUGCUUGUAUCUGGCCUAUUCCUCGAUCAUGAAAAACCUAGUCAGUUAUCUAACAAAGGUCCUACAAGAAACAAAUUUGGCCGCUGCAAAAGACCUCACAACUUGGCAAGGUACUAGCUAUCUCGCACCUUUGGUUGGAGCUUUCUUAGCUGAUUCAUAUCUGGGGAGGUACAGGACAGCUCUCAUCUUCUGCACAAUCUUCUUUCUUGGAAUGAUGAUGUUGCUUCUAUCCGCGGCUCUUCCGUUGAUCUCUACCGGUCCUCAGGCAUGGAUUAUUCCAACAGGUCCCGUGUCUUCCAAGAACAUAUUCUUCGUCGGGCUGUACAUGGUUGCUCUAGGGUAUGGCGCACAGAAACCUUGCGUCUUCUCCUUCGGAGCCGAUCAAUUUGAUGACACUGAUGAAGUGGAGAGAACCAAGAAGAGCUCUUUUUUCAAUUGGUACUUCUUCACUGUCAAUGCUGCUGCGCUGAUCUCAGGGACUAUUAUUGUGUGGGUACAAGACCAUGAAGGCUGGGUCUGGGGUUUUGCCAUUUCUACAGCGUUUGUGGCUUUAGGUGCAGGUACUCUUUUCUUCGGCUCAGAUACGUGUUAA